CACCGGCGCUGGCUGCCCGGGCCGCGAGCGCAGCGGAGCUGUCAGCGGGCGGACAGGCAGGGGGCGAGGGAGCGGCGAGCCGAGAGCACAGCAGUCGCGGCCCGGGAGCCGGAGCUGCCGCCGCACCCCGGGAAGCCUGCCUUGCCGCCGGCCUGCGGACCACGGCGGGACGAAGAUGCUGUUCUGCGUCCGGGGGCCGGUACGGGGCAGGGGCCGGGGGCGGCCGUCGGAGGCUCCCCGCCGCGGGCGCUCGCCGCCCUGGAGCCCCGCCUGGAUUUGCUGCUGGGCGCUCGCCGGCUGCCAGGCGGCCUGGGCUGGGGACCUGCCCUCCGCCUCCAGCCGCCCGCUUCCUCCUUGCCAGGAGAAAGAUUAUCACUUUGAAUAUACGGAAUGUGAUAGCAGUGGCUCCAGGUGGAGAGUUGCCAUUCCAAAUUCUGCAGUGGACUGCUCUGGCCUGCCUGACCCAGUGAGAGGCAAAGAAUGCACUUUCUCCUGUGCUUCUGGAGAGUAUCUAGAAAUGAAGAACCAGGUAUGCAGUAAGUGUGGUGAAGGCACCUAUUCCUUGGGCAGUGGCAUCAAAUUUGAUGAAUGGGAUGAAUUGCCUGCAGGAUUUUCUAACAUCGCAACAUUCAUGGACACUGUGGUGGGCCCUUCUGACAGCAGGCCAGACGGCUGUAACAACUCUUCCUGGAUCCCUCGUGGAAACUACAUAGAAUCUAAUCGUGAUGACUGCACGGUGUCUUUGAUCUAUGCUGUGCACCUUAAGAAGUCAGGUUAUGUCUUCUUUGAGUACCAGUAUGUCGACAACAACAUCUUCUUUGAGUUCUUUAUUCAAAAUGAUCAGUGCCAGGAGAUGGACACCACCACUGACAAGUGGGUAAAACUUACAGACAAUGGAGAAUGGGGCUCUCAUUCUGUAAUGCUGAAAUCAGGUACAAACAUACUCUACUGGAGAACUACAGGCAUCCUUAUGGGUUCUAAGGCAGUCAAGCCCGUGCUGGUAAAAAAUAUCACAAUUGAAGGGGUGGCAUACACAUCAGAAUGUUUUCCUUGCAAGCCAGGCACAUUCAGCAACAAACCAGGUUCAUUCAACUGCCAAGUGUGUCCCAGAAACACCUAUUCUGAGAAAGGAGCCAAAGAAUGUAUAAGGUGUAAAGAGGACUCUCAAUUUUCAGAGGAAGGAUCCAGUGAGUGUACAGAGCGCCCUCCCUGUACCACAAAAGACUAUUUCCAGAUCCAUACUCCAUGUGAUGAAGAGGGAAAGACACAGAUAAUGUACAAGUGGAUAGAGCCCAAAAUCUGCCGGGAGGAUCUCACAGAUGCUAUUAGAUUGCCCCCUUCUGGAGAGAAGAAGGAUUGUCCACCUUGCAACCCUGGAUUUUAUAACAAUGGAUCAUCUUCUUGCCAUCCCUGUCCUCCUGGAACAUUUUCAGAUGGAACCAAAGAAUGUAGACCAUGUCCAGCAGGAACAGAGCCUGCACUUGGCUUUGAAUAUAAAUGGUGGAAUGUCCUUCCUGGCAACAUGAAAACUUCCUGCUUCAAUGUUGGGAAUUCAAAGUGCGAUGGAAUGAAUGGUUGGGAGGUGGCUGGAGAUCAUAUCCAGAGUGGGGCUGGAGGUUCUGACAAUGAUUACCUGAUCUUAAACUUGCAUAUCCCAGGAUUUAAACCACCAACAUCUAUGACUGGAGCCACGGGUUCUGAACUAGGAAGAAUAACCUUUGUCUUUGAGACCCUCUGUUCAGCCGACUGUGUUUUGUACUUCAUGGUGGAUAUUAAUAGAAAAAGUACGAAUGUGGUAGAAUCAUGGGGUGGAACCAAAGAAAAACAAGCUUACACCCAUAUCAUCUUCAAGAAUGCAACUUUUACAUUUACAUGGGCAUUCCAGAGAACUAAUCAGGGUCAAGAUAAUAGACGAUUCAUCAAUGACAUGGUGAAGAUUUAUUCUAUCACAGCCACUAAUGCAGUUGAUGGGGUGGCGUCCUCAUGCCGUGCCUGUGCCCUCGGUUCUGAACAGUCGGGUUCAUCGUGUGUCCCCUGCCCUCCAGGCCACUACAUUGAGAAAGAAACCAACCAGUGCAAGGAAUGUCCACCUGACACCUACCUGUCCAUACAUCAGGUCUAUGGCAAAGAGGCUUGUAUUCCAUGUGGGCCUGGGAGUAAAAGCAAUCAGGACCAUUCGGUUUGCUAUAGUGACUGCUUUUUCUACCAUGAAAAAGAAAAUCAGAGUUUGCACUAUGACUUUAGCAACCUCAGCAGUGUGGGCUCAUUAAUGAAUGGCCCCAGCUUCACCUCCAAAGGAACAAAAUACUUCCAUUUCUUCAACAUCAGUUUGUGUGGGCAUGAGGGGAAGAAGAUGGCUCUCUGUACCAACAAUAUAACAGACUUUACAGUAAAAGAAAUAGUGGCAGGGUCAGAUGAUUACACAAAUUUGGUAGGGGCAUUUGUAUGCCAGUCAACAAUUAUUCCUUCUGAAAGUAAGGGUUUCCGAGCAGCCUUGUCAUCACAAUCCAUCAUUCUGGCAGAUACAUUCUUAGGAGUUACAGUUGAAACCACAUUGCAAAAUAUUAAUAUAAAAGAAGAUAUGUUCCCAGUUCCACCAAGCCAAAUACCAGAUGUGCAUUUCUUUUAUAAGUCUUCUACAACGACAACAUCUUGUAUUAAUGGCCGAUCAACUGCUGUGAAAAUGAGGUGUAAUCCUACUAAAUCUGGAGCAGGAGUGAUUUCAGUCCCCAGCAAGUGCCCAGCAGGUACUUGUGAUGGAUGUACAUUCUAUUUCCUGUGGGAGAGUGCUGAAGCUUGCCCUCUGUGCACGGAGCAUGACUUCCAUGAGAUUGAGGGAGCCUGCAAGAGAGGAUUUCAGGAAACCUUAUAUGUAUGGAAUGAACCUAAAUGGUGCAUUAAAGGAAUUUCUUUGCCUGAGAAAAAGUUGGCAACCUGUGAAACAGUUGACUUUUGGCUGAAGGUGGGAGCUGGUGUGGGAGCUUUUACUGCUGUUUUGCUGGUGGCUCUGACCUGCUACUUCUGGAAAAAGAAUCAAAAACUAGAAUACAAAUAUUCCAAGUUAGUAAUGACGACUAACUCAAAAGAGUGUGAACUCCCAGCUGCAGACAGUUGUGCUAUCAUGGAAGGAGAAGAUAAUGAAGAAGAAGUUGUAUAUUCCAAUAAACAGUCACUACUAGGAAAACUCAAAUCUUUGGCAACAAAGGAAAAAGAAGACCAUUUUGAAUCUGUUCAACUGAAAACCUCAAGAUCCCCAAAUAUAUGAAGAGACAGUGCUGUAGCCUUGAGACUAAUGAACAAAGAAACCUGCUCUAGUUUUACAGGACCAUAUUUUAGGGUCUGUCCUCAUACCUGUCACAUUGGUGAUCUCACAGAGGAGGGCCAUGCCGCUGAAAAGGGAAGGAGAUUGAAACAUUUGAUUGCCUUAUCACAUGGUCAAGUACCUUGCCAAAUAAAAGAAAGCAAAUGAUUUGGGUCUCAACUGAAGAUGAAGCUCAACUCAGGAAGAGAUUUAUCUGUAUAUACACGUAACUGAAAACCAAGUUUAAGCCCACCAAUGCACUGCUGAUGCAUGCCAUAUAAUUAAUGGGUAACUUUUAUUCUUUACAAUGUCUACAUAACAAGUGUGAUUUGGAGGGCACAUGUGAGCAUAUGCAUUAUGAUGCAAUUUAUGUUUUUUCUUUGUUUAUAUUUUGGGGAAAAUUAAAAUUUUUUAAGGUGUAUUUUUCCCAUUAUUUAUUUUCCUGACCUUAAAACAGCUUUUCUACUAAAAAAUCGUGAGCAACGAAGACAAUAAAUUUUUCAUUUUUCCAUAGGGUAUCUUCUCUUGAUUUAAAUUUCAGGAAGAAUUAGCAUAUGCUUGGGUUAUCUAGAUUUAUAAUUGCCUUUGAAAUUCCAUCCUUGUUGGAACUGGUAAGAAGGGCUUGACUGAAAGUUUGAAGGCAACUAAAAAACAAAAAAGUAAGAAAGGUAACGAGAAGCCCUAAUUCUCUGUUAAUGCAAAUUAGCUGCUAGUAUUGUAGAAGUCAAAUAACUUAAAACAGUUUAUGUAGUGCUCAAAGUAUAAUUAAAGUAAAUAGGAAAGCUUGUCAAUCGAAUCACUGGCAAAAUCAUGAAGAAGAAAGUGAGAUGGUUUGUCUGUAAGUACAGAUGACUGUAUGAAAUACUGGGGUAAUUUCAUGGUCUCCAGAAAAUGUCAGUGGGACUUUUGCUCUAUGUCAAGCACCAGAGGUUAUAUGGUUAUUUUUCUGCUGCAAGACUUUGAGGAUGAUGACUUUCUUAGAAACUUAAAAGUAAUCCAAUAAGGCAGGAAUUCAGUUUUGAAAAAUUACAUACAAUUGUAUUCAUAAUAAGAAUGUGGUUGUUCCAUAAGCAGUUAUGAAAGAAUUAUUGUUCUUAUUCAAAAGUGAUCCAGAUCAUUGUGAUAUUUUCUAUGGUAGGCUGCUGGUAUUAGCACAACUUGGAUAUUAUUUGUUGACAGAAGUAUGAAUGAAGUUGGAUUUGACCAAUUUUGUAUAAACCUUAGUUGAUUUAAAACUGAGAAAGAGGGGGGUUUCCUGGCCAUUGCUGAUCUAAGGUGCUCUUAUUUGUUUCCAAUAACCAGUAAUCUUUAUAGACCUUAAUGGAAGAUUUUUAAAAAAAGUUGUGAUUGGCUGAGAGAAGCAGGGCACAUAUGUAGGGAAAUGAUUUGCCCCAAGCAUUUCAACGAAGUAUGACUUGUAACUUUGUGUCUGAAGGUGGUGUCUUUAUUUUUGUGGAAAAUGGGAGAAAAAUGAAUAAUUGUGUUUAUUUGACUGAUUGGUAAUACACUAGACCAUUCUGUUAUUAUUGAAUGAAUGUUUUGUGUAUAUCACUGCUGUUGCAAAUAUGAGUAUAGGUGAGGUUGUCAUUGUUUGCUGUAGGAUUCAGGGAGGGUGUCACUUUGCAUAAACCCUUUUUUUGCAUUUAAUUUCUUGAAUGUUCUUAUAAAGAAGACAUUAUGUUGGCAUUCCUCAUUUUUAUCCCGCCAACAGAGUGCUGAUGAGCAUUUCCCCAUUUUGAUCAAAAUUUAAACAGAAGAAUGAAAAUACAUUUGAAAUGAACCCUUUCAGAGGAACCCUGCCCUGGCAAAGCUGUAUAGACUGGACAGAGUUAGAAAACUUCCACAGUCACCUGUCACCUUCUUCCUCAUCUUCCACUGUGUUCAAUAUGUAUGUUCUAAGCCAUAGAGAUAAUUGGGAUUUGCUCCCAGGUAGCUUCUUUCUUCUCCUGUCACUGGACUAAAAUCUCUGACAUGUCAAAAAUGCCUUAAAUUUUAAUGAACUCUCUGAAAAUGUAGUUGAUAUUGAAGAAUUUAUUUAUUUUAUUUCUAAUUUUAGGUAUUAAAUGUAUUUCAUCAGCACAGUCCCAUCUUUGGGAAGGAGCUGAUUUUUUCCUUUGGAUUCCAGUGGUUUGUCAUUUUAUUUCAAGCACUGAAGAAGUAUGAUGGAAAACAUAUUAUGGGGAAAAUAUUUAGACCAAUCCUGGCUAUAAAAUUCCCUUUAGUUUUAUGCCUGGCCUUUGCAAAGCUCAGUGAAAUGCUGAAAGGAAUAAACAAAUUGAUCAUGUUUCUGUGACUUUUAAUUAACACUUGUUCCUUUUCCCAUCUAAGUGGUAGAAGAAGUUAUUUGUUAUUUUUCUAAAAGGCACAAUUUUGAAGCCUUAACUACUUCAUUAAGUCAACUGUUGCCUAUAACAUCUCUUAGCACUCGUCAAAACAUAUUUAAAUCAAUUUUCCAAUGGAUGAGAACAUGUCUUCUGUGAUAAAUUAUAUUAUGUCAUUUAACAACAUUGAGCAUUUCGAUAUAUGUUCACUGAAUUAAAAAACCUGAAUUUCAUUAUUAUUGACUUUUCCCCUCUUUGGUUACUAGUAAUCACAUCCUUUCUAGGAUUAAAAAUAUUUCUUAGUAUUUUUGUGUAGAUGUCUGUCCUUAUUUUCUUCCCAAAGAACAAAGGUGGUUUAAAUUGGAUUAAGUAGAAGAAUUGCUUGGGUCCACUUUUUAGCAUCUGGGGUCUCCAGGUCCCCAGGUGGGUCAUGAUUGACUGCUUCUUCAAGACCUAUCUGGCCAACUGUCAUUUGAUGUCUGUCAAUAGAACUACUUCUUGUGGCACAUAGUCAUUUCUAAUGGGAGGCUAAUGUGUACAUAAUUUCUCUCUUCCUCAUAGAAAUAAAUUUCUCUGGGGGUUGCUGUGGGCAGAUGACUUCACUAGCCGUGUUUAAAGUUAGUGUACUGCUCACAUUUAUCUUUGUACACUAAGAGUAUGUAGAGUUGAUCUUCAGAGAAACUAAACCUCCCUCAUAUCUAUUUAUAGUAAUCAUGAAUGUGAUUGCAGUUGACAGGCCCAACUCCUAAACUAAGUUUGCCACAAAGAAAAUGUCCCUAGGGGAGUAAACUUUUAGAAAUCUCAACACCUGACUCAUUCCUUCAAAGCUAAAAUGGAAUUCACCUUCAUAGUAACUGGCUACAGAUUAUUCUCUUGCUGGAUUUUACUUAUUUUGAUUUAACAUUUUUAUAUGAGUUCCUUUUAGAAUCACAAAUGAAGGAAGUAAAACUUUAAGAUGGGAAUGAAUAAUUGAAAAGAGAAUUAUAUUUACUAUUAUAAUUGAUAUUAAUUGCUAUUAUGAUUACACUUGUCUAGAUCAGAGCCCAGCAAACAUUUUUUUUUUUGUAAAGGGUCAGAUAGUACAUAUUUUUGGCUUUGCAGGGCAUGUGAGCUCUAUUGCAUUUACUCAACUCUGUCAUUGUAAUAUGAAAGCAACCACAUACAAAAUGUAAAUGGAUGGGCGUGGCUGCAUUCCAAUAAAACUUUAUUUAUGGACACUGAAA